AUGAUCGUCCUAAGACCAGUUUCACCCGUCACAUCGAUGAAAAACGACGAAGACGACGACGAACCGGCAUCCCCCGAGCCGGGCCCCUCCUCAUCCGAAGGCUCCCUCGACGAGCACCCCCGCCCCCACAACCCCAGCACCGGCCUCGCCUACAUCAAGCACCUGGUGCAAAUGAAACUCCAAACCUUGGGCGUCAUCUCCACAGUCCCCGUUCAAGCCGAAUCCGAAACGCGCCUGCGCAAACAGCGCUCCGUCGAAGACGUCACCGCCUACCAGGAGGACUACGACUACUCCCCGGAGGGCACCACCGACACCUCCUCCCAAUCCUCCUACCUGAACCUCGACGAGUUAACCAACGGGGCGAUCUUCACCAACGGCGACAGCGCCAGCCUGUCGUCGGCGCCCGACCCGGCGCCGCGCACGCGCGAAGUCGGCACCAGCACGUCGGUGUCGAUGACGGAGGGGCCGUGGAUCGGGCGCGAUUCGGCGCCGGCGCCGAGACAGGCGCGGGAGGUUACUAUCGGGGAUGAUGUGCCGAUGCGGCAGUAUCUGUACGAGUUGACUACGGCGUUGUAUUUGGCGGCGCCGAGAGGGGCGCCGGGCGGCCAGUGGGCGCCGGACGAGGCGGACGGGCCGGGGAAUCCGCGCAUCCGCCACCAGGGCACCAGCACCACGCCGGAGAAUUUCCAAGGGGAUUUCUAUGGGUAG